UCUAAAUUUUGGCGAGAUGUCCGAAGCUGGGACUUGUGGUUUCAACUCUGCGAUCGGUGCAGAUUGCGCGGAUCGGCUUUUGGGAACUGCUGCAGUGCGGAUAGGUAGGGAAAACUGAGGCAUAUUGUGACGCUUCGACAUGUCAACCUACGGCGCCUGCGGACCGAAUUCUGACAACGACGCGACGUGCCUUGACUCCCGUUUCGGCGACUACUACAGCACAAGCGGAUUGCGUGGCUCGUCUGAAGCUCACUGCCAGAGUUCGGCACCUGCUACGGCAACGUCUCCCACGAUGGGAAAUGCGGCGCCAACUCUUACACUCGCAGCACUUGCUUGGACUCGACGUUCGGCGACUGCUGUGGCACGAGUGGAUGGUGCGGGACGGAUUCCGCUAAUUGCAGCCCGCCAACUUGCGAUCCUGAUUAUGGUGCGUGUGAUUCAGGACCCCCAAUUUCGACGGAUGGGAGUUGCGGAAGUACCUCUGGUAUUUGGCGCAACGUGUCAACGGACCCCGUUCGGGAAUUGCUGCUCUCCAUAUGGGAGGUGUAGGAGUGACAGUAUCUAUUGUGAUGCUGGCUGCCAGGCCGAGUUCGGUCUGUGUAAUUAGAUACUCUUCCCAACGUUCAGUCCAUCUCCGGGGCCGACAAGGGAUGUGACCAUAUCCACUCCGCAAACAAGUAGUCCAUAUAUGUAAGAGACUCAUUAUUUUGCAGGGACGGGACGUACCAUGCCAGACACCGGACACGAUGCACCUCGAUAGUACCCCGCCCAUCGCAUGAUUCCGACUAGCGAAUGACAUGUGGUGCUAGGGGCUGAACCUGGCGCUCCAACCCCACGUUCAGUCGAAUAUCGGAAGCAAGCCACGCAAAAGUCGACAUAAGUAAGUACAUAAUACGAUCAUACU